AUGAAAAUAAGCAGAGAAUUACUGCCAGACCAGUCAUGCCCAUCUGGUUUCUUUGGUUUGUUGUGUAACUAUCCAUGUCAUUGCAAAGACUCAGCUGAUUGUAAUCGUAAUGGAAGCUGUGUCAAUGGAUGCCACGAAGCAUGGGCUGGAGAUGACUGCAGCAUAGCACUACCUUACAGUUCCAAACCGCCAAUACCUUUGAACCAAACAGCAACUACCAUACUUAUUGCCUGUAGCUGGGAUCCACUUCGAGACUUUGGAACAGGGACUAUUACCGGAUGUAAGUUAUGGUAUAAUAUGUCAUCGACAACUACAUUCACUGCAGUUGAUAUCAUUGACAAUGGUGUAUAUAUCAUCGACAAUCUUACACUGCACACUACUGUUGAAUUCUACGUACAAUACUCAAGAUUAGUUGGCGGCGUAGAGACCGAUGGACCACCUAGUGAACAUGGAUUAGCAGAGACUAUAUGCACAAAGCCUUUAGAAGAUCCAGAAAUAGAAUUGGAAACAGUUGAUGGUAACGAUAUUAUCUUAAUAUUAAAGCCUGUAUCAAAUGCUCCAGAGCGAAUCCAGUGCGAUGAUAUACUUCGAUAUCAAGUGCGAUACCAAAGCAAAGAUGGAAAUGAACAGGACAUCCUCAACACAACGGAUGGUUUGCAAACAGAAGUCAAGAUAUCGGAAUUAUCACCAGGAUGUGUUUUUUAUCACGUCGACUCUAGAGUUGUUAAUAACGCAGAAAUUACUGGAGAUUGGGGAACACCAAUAUCGGUACAAUCAGCACCCUCAGCACCCUCAAUCACCAAAGAUUCAGUACUGGAAGGAACGUUUUUAUUAAUGAAAUGGAAUGCUUCUACCUGUAACAGCACCCAGAAUAAUUUGAGUUACCAUUAUCAACUAUCAGGAGGAGUCCUCCAAGGAAGUACAACAAAAACUGAAGUUCUUAUAGAUGAUGGAAUUGUACCUUGUACUCAGUACACAUUUUCAGUUUUUGCGUCGUAUAUGAAUGUUAGCAGCAUUACUGAUAUUAUGGAGUUCAUGUCUGGUGUUGACUGUAAGAUUUUUUUCAUUAUACGAAUAGAUUUAAAGACUAUUACUGUCAUAUUAAGUGUACUUUUACUCUUCAAGAGAUUCACAAGGACUUUUAUCCUCAAUGAAAUGAAGCAUGUUAAUCCUCGGAAUAGCACUGGUCUGGACGAUUGUCCGCUGCCAAAAUGGAGUCCCCCUGAAUGUGAGAUUGAUUGUCCUGUGUGUUAUAACGGUGGAGUUUGUGACGACAAGACCGGUCUAUGUAUUUGCCCCGCAGGCUUCAAAGGAGAAUACUGCCAAACAUCAUGUGGAAGCAACAACUGGGGUCGUAAUUGUGAUGUUGUUUGUUCUAUUGGAGAUGAUGAAGGUUGUAAAGGAAAGCUUUUUUGUCCCCCUGAUCCUUUCGGAUGCACCUGCAUCGACGGAUACGGAGGCAACGAUUGCAAUACAGCAUGUGCUAACAAUCACUAUGGAGCAGAUUGCCGUCAAGUAUGUCACUGCGAUUCAGGAGGAUGUGACGGAAAGACAGGGGAUUGUACAUCUGGGUCAUCUUGUACGAAUAAUUACAUGGGACCAGCGUGUCAAGAAUUAUUGCCAGGCCUGUCCUGUCCAUCUGGUUUCUUUGGUGUGUUGUGUAACUAUCCUUGUCAUUGCAAAGACUCAGCUGAUUGUAAUCGUAAUGGAAGCUGUGACAAUGGAUGCCACAAAGCAUGGGCUGGAGAGGACUGCAGCAUAGCACUACCUUACAGUUCCAAACCGCCAACACCUUCGAACCAAACAGCAACUACCAUACAUAUACCCUGUAGCUGGGAUCCUCUUCGAGACUUUGGAACAGGAACUAUUACCGGAUGUAAGUUAUGGUAUGAUACUUCAUCGACAAGUACAUUCACUUCUGUUGAUAUCAUUGCCAAUGGUGUAUAUAUCAUCGACAAUCUUGCACUGCACACAACUGUUGAAUUCUACGUACAAUACUCGAGAUUAGUUGGCGGCGUAGAGACCUAUGGACCACCUAGUGAACAUGGAUCAGCAGAGACUAUAUGCUCAAAGCCUUUAGAAUCUCCAGAAAUAGAAUUGAAAAAAGUUGAUGGUAAUGAUAUUAUCUUGAUGUUGAAGCCUGUAUCAAAUGCUCCUGAGCAAAUCCAUUGCGAUGAUAUACUUCGUUAUCAAGUGCGAUACCAAAACAAAGAUGGAAGUAAACAAGUAAUUGUCAACACAACUGACGGUUUACAAUUAGAAGUCAAGAUGUCGGGAUUAUCACCAGGAUGUGUUUUUUAUCAAGUCGACUCUAGAGUUGUUAAUAACGCAGAAAUUACUGGAGACUGGGGAAAGCCAAUAUCGAUACAAUCAGCACCAUCAGCGCCCUCAGUUACCAGAGAUUCAGUACUGGAAAGAAUGUUUUUAUUGAUGAAAUGGAAUGCUUCUGCCUGUAACAGCACCCAGAAUAAUUUGAGUUACCAUUAUCAACUAUCAGGAGGAAUCCAUCAAGGAAGUACAACAAAAACUGAAGUUCUUAUAGAUGAUGGAAUCGUACCUUGUACACAGUACACAUUUUCAGUUUCAGCAUCGUAUAUGAAUGUUAGCAGCACCACCAAUAUUAUGGAGGUCAUGUCUGGUAUUGACUAUCCUGGAAAACCAACCAUUAGUUCAUUAACAUCAACGUCUUUAUCAAUCACACUGGAAUUGACAUUAUCUGAUGAUAAUCCGUGCACAAUACUAGGAUACAAUGUGCUUGUAUAUAGUGAUAUACAGAAUUUAGAGUUCAAUAUGGAUACCACAGCGACUUCACUGACAAUUAAUGAAAAUAUAAUGCCGAAUGCCAACUACACUGUCCAGGUUGCAGCCAGAACUCAGAAAGGCUUUGGUAAUUUCUCAGAUGUAGGUUAUGUGUCUACCAAUGCAGAUAACCCUGUCAAAGGUACGCAAUUUACUAGAUGCUUUUGUGUAUUUGGUUAAGUGCAUCAAGAGCGACAAACCAUGCAGUAAAGUGUGCAAACACCUCGUCACCGACAUUAUUGUUAGGCUCCAACACACCUCUUCCUCUAUCAAGUCCCCCUCCCCUCACAUGUGACUCCUGGAACAUUUUCUAUAUCUCAAUAUCUCUGAUCAUUGCUCUUAUAGGCGAAACUGGAACUAAAUUCAGAUUCCGGUUUAACCACCACAAACAGUCCGUUCGUAAAAAGAGCAAGAGGUUACCUGUCGCCGAACACCUUAACUGUCCUGGCCACUCCAUUGACAACAUUGGGACU